UCCCGGCCGAUCGUCCGAACCCAGGUCGCCGCUGCAGCUCCGCAGGAAUAAUCCAGGAAUAUUCCAGCUCUAUUCCAGGUCUAAACCUGGUCUAUUCCAGGUCUCCAGAUAACAGCUGGUCUCAGAUCAAUAAUCUGAUCUCUUUCAUCGGCUCACGACACAGAAAAGAACCUGUUCUCCGUCUCCCCUUCGUCUCCCGCUGCCUGACCCGGACUCUUGUUUGAAGCUUGUUUCUGCCUCCAAGUCGGACUUCGCCCGGAAGAGAACCCGCCUCCUUGGCUCUGCUUGCUGUUCCUUGUUGCCCCCCGACCCCCCCUCCCCCACCUAGCGCCGCCGCCGCUAGCGCCAUCAUGUCUCAGAAGCAGUCGGACGGCGGUCCCAAGCAGUUCUCGGUGGGGCGGGGCCUCCUGGCCGCCGCCGAGACCUUGAACUACAGCGUGAACGAUUCCCGCCCCAGCCGUGGCAUGGGGGGCGUGGCCUCGGGCCUGGGGGGCGGGGGCUCCGGCAUGGGCGGGGCCUCGGGCGGGGGGGGGACCCUGGGCAGCACCAUGAAGCUGUUCGCCAGCCUGGGCCUGUCGCCCUCCGACCUGGACGCUCUGGCCAAGAUCCCGGAGGAGGACAUCAGCGUGGAGACGCUGCCGCGCAUCCUCAUGCUGCUCAAGGGCGGCAAGGCCGAGGCGGGGGAGCGCCGCGCCGCCGACGGCUACCACCACCCGGGGGGGGGGCACCGGGACGGCUGGGACGACCCGCCCCCCUCCUCCGACUUCGGCUUCGGCUCCAUGCAGGACGGCCCCUCGGGGGGGCGGGGCUACGGCUACGGGGGGGGCCGGGCGGAGCUUUCCCAGCAGUCCUACGGCGGGGGGGGCCCGGGGGGGCCGGCGCAGCCCGACCCGCUCUUCCUGCAGCGCCGCAUGGGCUCCCCGUCCAACGGGAAGGUGCAGGACUUCCUGGGCGUCGCGCCGCCCAUGUUCCCCCACGUCUGCUCUCUUUGUGACUUUGACGUUCACUCCACCAUGGAGUGGAACCAGCACACCAACGGACUCCGACAUGCUGAGAACCGACGAGUGCUGCUGGACAUGUAUCCAGACUGGAACCCCGGCAUGGCUUCAGGCCGAGCCAGGGGUCUCCGGGACGCCCCCAACCUGUCUGCAGGUCUGCUGGGACCAGGACCUGGACCAGGAUCCAUGUCCUCAGGACCCAUGGGGGGGAUGUCCUCCAGCUGGGGAGGAGGAGGAGGAGGUCCAGGUCCGGCAGGAAACAAGAUGGGACAGACCCCGAUGAGGAGCCGGGUGGUGGUGGUGAAGUACGACCGCAAACCUCUGAGCAACAAGACGCUGUUCUCCUUCACCGAGUUGUUCGGCCGGCUGAGGGAGCACCUGGUGCUCAAGAACAAGGCCUUCCUGGAGAUGGAGUCCCACGAGGAGGCCCGGGACAUGGUGGAGUACUACAAGCAGCAGCCGGCCCAUCUGUACGGGAAGCCCGUCACCUUCUACCUGUCCCAGAGGCUGCUGGUCAUCGAGAAGGACCAGCGAAACUCGGACCGGGGCUCAGACCGGCCCAUGGACCGGCCGCUCAAGGGCCAAGGCAGCAAGGUGGUGUUCUUCUCCAACCUGCCCCGGGAGGAGGAGAAGAAGAAGGAGCUGCUGACCGUCGCUGAGCGCUUCGGCGUGGUGGAGAAGCACCUGUUCCUGACCGACCAGGCGUUCGUCCAGCUGGGGACGGCGGAGGACGCGGAGAUGCUGGUGAAGUACUACAGCGCCAACCCCCUCACCAUCCGCGGCCGGCUCAUCCGCCUCAACAUCUGCGCCAAAUACAAGACCCUCAAUGUGAACCGCAGGCUGGCCGGCCCCGCCGGAGACGGCCAGAACCGCAGAUCCAGAAACACAGAGGGCUGGUCCGGGUCCGGGUCCAGAACCGCCGAGGCCUCCUCCGGAUCCGGGUCCAGAACCGCCUCCUCCAAGUCCUCGUCCCGGAGCAGAGAGGAGAAGAAGAAGAAGGAGGAAGAGGAGGAGGAGGAGGAAGAGGAGGAGGAGAGCGCAGUGGUGCGGGGGGGCGACGACGAAGAGGAGGAGGAGCCUAUCGGAGAGGAGGAGGAGGUUCCAGAGGCCGCUGCAGCCCCGGGAGACCUGGGGGCGGAGCCAGGGCCGGGGGCGGAGCCGGGGGCGGAGCCAGAGGGGCCCAAGGUGGAGGUGAAGGCAGGACCGGCAGAGCCGGGAGACCCGGCAGAACCAGAACCAGCAGAACCAGCAGAACCAACCGAGAGUUCAGAGGCGCUGGAGGGAGAUCUGCCGGACGAGCAGGACUUCCUGGAGAACAUGGAGGACUUUGUGACCCUGGAUGAGCUGGAGGAGGACGAGGGCGACGCCCAGGGAGACUCUGACAGCACCGACAACACCAAGAAAGGGGGCAUGCGUGUGGUGAACAUCAUCGGGUUCCGGAGAGGCUACAACUUCAUGGAGGAGCUGCUGGGUCUGGCCCGACCCUUCGGGAAGGUGGUGAAACAUCUGGUGCUGGACCUGCGGCCCGAGGCCUACAUCCAGUUCCAGACGGAGGACGAGGCUCGGUCCAUGUCCCGGUUCUACAACAGCAACGUGACGGCGUCGGUCUGUGGAAGACCGGUGAGGGUCUGCCACUCCCUCAGCUACCCCACCAUCCAGUGCGGGUCCAGCAAGGUGGUCUACGUGGGCCAGCUCCCCGGAACCAAAUACUCUGACGAGGAGAUCCUGCAGCUGGCAGCGCCCUACGGGGCCGUGCACAAGUACUUCCUGAACCGGAUCCGCAGAGAGUGCUUCCUGGAGAUGGACCGGGCCGAGGACGCGGAGAAGAUGGCGGAGGACUGCAAGGCCACGCCGCCGCGGCUGGGAGGGAAACGGCUGACGGUCUACGUGAGCAGGAAGUACCGGCAGCUCAAGCACGGGCACCGGUUCACCAACACGGCCAAGAGAUCGUCCAGCGGGUCUCCACCCAAACCCCCCCCACCCGGGGAGGAGCCCCCCCCCAAGAGAGCCAGGGAGGAGGAGAAGGCGGGGGAAGAGAAGGAGGAGGAGAAGGAGGAGGAGGGGGUGGAGCCAGAAGAGGGGGCGGGGCCGGAGAAGGAGGCGGAGCCUACGGAGGCAGAGCCUGAGCGGGCGGAGCCUGAGGAGGCCGACGCCAGCGGCGACGUGAAGAUGGAGGAAAACUCUGAGAAAGUUCCAGAAGACGACAAGCAGACGAUGGAGGACGACAACCGGCCGGCGGAGACCAGUCAGAACGGAGAGGGCCAGGCUCCGCCCCCUGCUGACAGCAAACCCGCCGCGGCGUCGCUACCGCUACCGCCCUACGACCCCGACACGCCCAUCGGGGCGGAGCAGGUGAAGAAAGGUUUCUACUGCCGCGUCUGCUUCCUGUUCUACACCAACGAGGAAACGGCCAAGACGAGUCACUGCAGCAGCCGCGGACACUACGACAAGCUGCAGAAAUACCUGGAGAAGGAGCAGAGCAAGGACAAGAAGAAGAAGAAGAAGACCGGCGGAGCGCCGGCCUGAGGGCGGAGCCAGAGACCGGGGGCGGAGCCAGAGACCGGGGGCGGAGCCAGAGACCGGGGGCGGAGCCAGAGACCGGGGGCGGAGCCAGAGACCGGGGGCGGAGCCAGAGACCGGCUCGUUUUAGUUUUAUUUUAGCCAGAUGCCUGAUGGGAGUUGGUGUUGUCAUGGUGACGCCUGGAGGGGGCGUGUCUCCUGAAGGCACCUGCGGCUCCUCGGAGGUUCAGGUGCCUUCAGGCACCGUUGGAGAUUUCAGUGUUUUUUUUUUUAAUGUUUUACACAAUAAACUCUCCACG